AUGCCAUACAGCCUUACAACCACGGAUUCGUCCGACGAGGUGGACGAUGAUGGGUUUGUGACGACAGCAUUUCCCGCUUCGCCUCUGACCUCCUCAUAUCCGGCACUCAAACCUCCCAUGGCUGAGCCGAGGCCGGAGAACCUGGCUCUCACCUUUGGCUCGAGCCUCGAUAGCCCCAGACCGCCCAAUACUAGGCCCCACCAAAGAAUGUCAGCAACCCAAUUGCUGCGGCCCUUGCAGGCCGCUUCGCCCGGCGUCGGACCUCGGGUUCAGAGUUGCCGAUUGUGCUCGGCAAAAACAGAUACGUCUCCGUCUGGAGCCAAAGACGGCAGAGAAAGUCGCCAGCAACGAUGCACCUACUGGCACCCCCUUAAUCCUGCCAUAGGGCUCCGCCCGAGCCGCUUGAACCGCUACCAGACUCGGUACUGGCCCAGGGACUGCCGAACUGCACUAACUGCUGCCUCAGAACCAGCCGCCAAUCGGACGCUCGGUGACACGUCGGCGACGGUCCCCUCUUCCUCGGCGUAUGCCGCCUCCUCGUCCCUCCUUACUCGAUCCGAGUCCUCCGUCUCCUCAUACUCUCCACAAUUGCUCGUACCAACGGUCUGCUGUUGCUCCCUUGACUGGCACACUGGCGAGCCACUGACUGCAAACCAAGCCUCCCGAAGGAGUCGUUCAUGUCUGGCCAGCGGGUCGGAGCAGCAGAGAUCGAGGCCAAACCAAGACGUCUUCCAAGCCGGGCUGACUCGACGUCGUCCGUCGUCAAGUCGACAGAUACGAUUUGGUGCCAGUCGUACUCGAGUAAGCUCCUAA